AUGUCUACCGCAUUACAAGUCACUACGACCACGGCUAGCAAACCUAUCGAUAUUGUUGGCAUCGAUGGGAGUCCUGAGCGUGCGGAAUCGCCAGCGCAAAACGAAGAGGACUAUUCGUCCGAUGAUAGUGAAGACGACGACGAAUAUGAAGACGAUGAUUCAGACAGCGACUAUGACUCGGAUGAGGAAGACGAUGAGGAACCGGCGCUUGGUCCCUUGCAGCGCUUGUCCAAUGCGUUGAGGACCAAGCAGCAGAAGAUGCUAGCCAAGCGGCGUCACCCUGUUCUCGAGUGGAAGGCAGCAGCUCAAUGGCACGCCGACAAUGCCGCAGGCUUGGCAGCUGCCGAGCAAGAGCGAAAGGACCGUGAGGCAAUGGCAGCCGAGAAGGCAGCACGUCGAGAACGGAAAGUAAAGCGCAAGGCUCAACGCAAGUUCACGAAGCAGAAGGAGGUCGAGUUCCGCACGCUCCUGGAGGACUACAGCCUGGCGAUCACCAAGAGCGAGAAGCGCACCGCACUCAUAACACAGUUCGCGAUUGAAAACCGCUCGGUUGAGAAGCAGAAACUGGCAGCGAUCGAGGCGGCUAAACGUGCCGAGCAAUUGCGUGAUGCAGCGGAGAAGAUAGCGCUCGCCGAGAAGCGGGAUGAAGAGGAAAAGCAGGCCACGUUGGCCCAUCUACAGCAGUGCAUCGAAGUCUCCAACGAAAUGGGGAGGCGGUACGGUAUCCUCCCAGCUAUCACCACACCCGUCGCUCCACCGCCUCAGGAGCAGGACGAGACGUCUCCACGGCAGUUCUUCACUCUCAACUUGAAGCGAUGCAAACACGUUGAAGAGCUUCGUGGAGAGCGGAUCGGGGAUCGAGGAGCCAGGGAAUUAGCACGAUCACUACUAACCGGGGCGUGUCCGCGAGUGAAGAGCAUUCACCUGGGCUGGAACCUCGUCAAGUACUCCGGAAUCGCCGCACUGGCAGAUUGCUUCACGCGUGGGGCCUGUGCACAGCUCCAGGAGCUCGAUCUGCGCUGCAACAAUAUCGACAGCAAGGCGUUCGCGGCGCUACUCGCCGCUCUGGAGAAGGGGGCGCUCCCUGAACUGCUGGACAUCGGACUGCAGGGCAACGUGUUGGGCGACGAAGGAGCGCGAGCCAUCGCACACGCGUUCUUCCGCGGCACGCUACAUGCUCUGAGGCGCAUCGACAUUCGCCAAAACAGGAUACGCAACGACGGCGUGCUCGCACUCUGGAACGUGUUCACGGCACCAAACUUCAGACGCUUCUGCCCGAAGCUCGAGCUGCUGGAUAUGCGGCGGAACGACGCCCACGGAGCUCUCACGCGCUCGUUUUGCCCGUGUCCGCCCUACCUCGAGUUUUAG